UCCUAGGUGUACCUCUGACUGAAAUGCAUCUCUCCAUCAUGCCUGUGGCUCUUGCCUUCACAAUAUGGCUCGGUGUACACUGGGGUACAGCAACUGUUGUUGAGGACUUCAACCACGUUGAGAGAUGCAAAGAUUCGCUGUAUAUGGGCACCCCACCGCGUGGUGUUAAUGACGAAAAACUCAAAAAGAUUUGCCAGCGCUACGCUGACAAACCACGAUAUGUGACCCUGUACGAUCCCAAAAAACGAAUUCCGGUGUACUCUGCAUACACCUUCAAGAAAACAGAGGGCGACCGACGUGUGGACUACCCCUGGAUGUAUGAGCCUCAGCUUGCAGAGCUAGAUGGAAAUGGAAACAUGAUGUCUUUUCCCACCGGCUACCUGCACAUGAAGUUCGAGGACAGCCAGGCUGUCUUGGAAGAUUACUCUGAUGUGGUGCUCUACGAGAGAGGCCAUCUGAACCCAGACCAGCAUCAGUCUGACCCCCACGACCGAGCAGCGACCUACACGCUCACCAACGUCGUGCCGGAGAUCCGCGAGUUCAACAUCGGACCGUGGCGCCAACACGAAGAGCGCAUCCGCGUGCGCCUCAACAACUUCUGCCGCGGCACAGCCUACAUUGUAACCGGGGUUAUAACCACCGGUAACAUGAUCCGACGCAACAACCAGGACCGAGUCGCGAUCCCUGAAGACGUGUGGUCCGCUUACUGCUGCACUGACUACGACCGAAACUCGCCGCACAAUGUGCGCAUCCGCUUCCCGACCCAAGCGGCUCUCGCCAAGAACGCAAAGGAGGGCAACACUGUUCACGAGCUCCCGGUGCAGGAUCUAGAGAAUUUCCUGAAGACCAGAAUGGAUGUAGACCAGAACUUCCAACUGUUUUAUGAUAACUGCAUCUCACCUUCACCUCUUCCUCUCUACCUUCACCACACCAUAUAACAAGAUAUCAGCAUAGCCUGGUUUUGUUUUGUUUUAGGUUUCUUGCUUUCUUCCUCCGUUAGGGUUUUAAAGAAACAACAAGCUAUUAUGUUAUGAUGUAGAAUCAAUUCUGAAUAAUGCUAGUGAUUAGAAAUGAUAUACAGUAUAUAUAUGUAGGGCUAUAAAAUGUUUAAUUUUGUAUUUAUUUUUGUGAAUGUUUUAAGUUAGUUAAGUUACAGUAACAGCGUUUCCUGACUUUACGAUCUAAUAUGAAUACGUGUACUGCAUGCAAACAUGAGCUGUCUCCGUUUGCAUUCAUGCAUCACUUUGUUUACUGACACCACCUUACGUUUUAGCUUGUUGUUUUUAAGCAUCAAUAUGAAUUUGCCUGUAGGUGGCAUGUAAAAAUACUGCUAAAACCUGAACCUUUUCUCGCUAUUUAAA